CGGCCGGCUACCUAUAAACUCCGUUGCUGUUGGCGCUUGAUUUCCUCACCAUGAAAGGCUCUAAUAGUUCCGUCCCUCUUUAGGUCUACAACUUCGGUGGGCUGCACGCGUAGCAUGGUGAAAGAGACAGCGCAUGCCUGAUAUCCCUAUUUCCCGUCGAUUUGGAAUAGAUAGUGUCGUACCUUAGUCAAUCUGAGUCACCGGAUUGCGUUUCAUCAUGAUCUUGGCUCAGAUUCUAGGACUGUCGCUCUUCGGGGCAGUAAACGCUGCUACACUCGGGAAACGCUUCUCUAGUGCGGAUUUUGCAACUGGUGAAACGGACCCAAAUGUAAACAGUGGCUGUACCUACUGGGCCAACUCGAUCCAGUCCACCGACACUUGUGCGGCAUUGGAGAGCUACUACGGCAUCACUCAUGCGCAGCUUGUUUCCUGGAACCCAUCCCUGAAAGCGACUGACUGCACGCUGAAUGAGAAAUGGAGCUAUUGUGUGGAAGCUCCGACGGUUCCGACCACCACCGAGAAGACAACCACAACUACAGAGGCUCCAGCCACUACCACCUCUACCUCGACAGGUGCAAGCGCCACUAAGACCACCGCGGCAGGCCCAUCUCCCACUCAACCUGGGUUGAUCUCCUCUUGCAAUGCCUUCUAUUACGUGCAGAAGGAUGAUUCCUGCUGGGGUAUUGCCAAUACAUAUGGCAACUUUACAGUAGAACAAUUUUACUCAUGGAACCCUGCUGUGAAAACCGACUGUUCCGGACUUCAGCCAAGCUACUAUGUCUGCGUUGGCGUCGCCGGGUCCACUGCUUCAACUACCACCUCCAAAGCAACGACGGCCUCACCAACAACCACAUCUGCACCCCACUCGCCCCAGCAAAGUGGGAUUAUAUCUAUCUGUAACAAUUACUAUUUCGUAGAAGCUGGCGAUGAAUGUGCUCUGAUUGCAGCCAAGAACGGUAUCACACUUAGUGACUUCUACUCCUGGAAUCCCGCAGUCGGCUCAACUUGCAGCAGCCUCCAGGCAGGCUAUUGGGUCUGCGUUGGUGUUUCCGGUGGCACCGCAACGACCCACGCAACCACGACAAAGACUACAACUAGCACAACAACGACCGCCGGCACUGGGCCCACUCCCACGCAGUCUGGCAUUAUCGCCGAUUGUUCGGCCUACUACCAGGCCCAAGAAGGGGACGACUGCUGGUCAAUCAUCAAUAAGAAGUACUCCUACCUCACCGCAGCCAAAUUCUACGAAUGGAAUCCGGCGAUCGGCCCAAGCUGCAGUAACCUGCAACAAGGGUAUUACUACUGCGUUGCGACGAAGCGUGAAGGGCCGAUGCCGGACACCAUCAGCUCAUGCGCCAAGUGGCAUCUUGUGGCUAGUGGCGAUAGCUGCUGGUCAAUAGAGCAAGAGUACUCCAUUACCUCCACGCAGUUUGCCAGCUGGAAUCCGUACGUGGGGUCUUCCUGUACGACUCUGUGGCUAGGGUAUUAUGUCUGUGUUGGUGUUUAGUGGAGCGAUUUAUGGCUGGUGACCAGGGGUGAGCUCGGUCUCUUGCCUGACUGAGUUCUUGUCCCACGAACAGUUACACGAUGUUAUUGCGUCACGACGUUAGAAGCAAGCCAAGUGCAGGUAUAACUGCCUGUCUAUAAAGGCAAUACACAAAAGCGUACAGACGGGCACGUCGAAUGUAGUUAGUACCCGAGCAACAAUCUCCAGAGAGGAUCACUGCCUAUAACAGGACUGGUUAGUCCCAGGAUAACAGGAGUAUAGAAAGUCUGCUUUUGGAAGCUGUAAGAUGCGAACAUAUGCAUACUAGCAU